UCCUUCUAAAAGGAAUGUGAGGGAAUGAUCCUGCAGCUCACCAAAGGGAACCACGGUGGCUUCCUGACGUCCGCUUUAAGGAAGUGCGAAAGUUAGCCUAUACUUACCGAUUGACUUUUUAUCCACUAGACUGACUCGCGAUGUCUGGAGAACACAUCGAAGGACAAGAGGCUAUGAACAUAUACUCUGUAAACCUCAGUGGCCCGGCGCCUUGGGGCUUCAGGCUGCAGGGUGGCAAGGACUUCAGCAUGCCCCUCACCGUGUCUAGGCUAACCCCGGGUGGGAAGGCAGCUCAGGCUGGUGUCGGUGUGGGAGACUGGGUGGUGUCCAUCAGCGACACUAAUGCAGAGGACAUGACCCAUGUGGAGGCACAAAACCAGAUCAGAGCAGCAACAGACUCCCUCACCCUCACCCUCAGCAAAGCUUUUAAAGCGGGAGAAACGAAGGACUCACUUGCUCCGGCUUCUGUUCCGCCAAAGUACUCCUUUGCUCCCAGCACAACCAUUAACAAGAUGGCGAGGCCAUUUACAGCAGGUGGUGCUGGUGGUGGUACUGCCAACUCAGGACCCGCUAUUAAACCUGUGGCAUACUCCCCUAAACUUAACACCCCGAGCUCUCAGGGCCGUGCCAGUGUGAAGCAGCCACAGAAUGGCCUUGAGCCAACUCCCUCACCUGCCAAGGCCCAGGCAGCAGACAAACCAGAUGGCACUUAUUUUGCAGCGGCCCCAGCACGCAGCUCGGGUCCCUCCUCUCGGCCCCCGUGGGUCACUGACCCUAAUUUUGCUGACCGCUUCCGGCCAGAUAAGACCAGCACCGUGAUGACCCAGCACCAGCAGCCGGCCCAGCCCACUCCCAUGCAGAACCGCAGCUCCAUCCUGCAGGCAGCGCAGCAGGCACCCGAAGAGAGCGGCAGGACCCCGCUCUGUGGGGCCUGCAACAAAAUCAUAAGGGGUCGGUACCUGGUGGCGUUGGGCCGUUCCUGGCACCCGGAGGAGUUUACGUGUUCGCAGUGUAAGGUGGUCCUGGAGGAGGGCGGCUUCUUCGAGGAGAGAGGGUCUGUCUACUGCACCAAGUGCCACGACAACCGAUACGCUCCCAACUGUGCCAAGUGCAAAAAGAAGAUCACCGGGGAAAUCAUGCAUGCCCUGAAGAUGACCUACCAUGUUGAGUGUUUCAAGUGUGCAGCCUGCAAGACUGCCAUCAGGAACCAAGCCUUUUACAUGGAGGAGGGAGAACCCUACUGUGAGAAAGACUAUGAGAAGAUGUUUGGCACCAAAUGCCACGGCUGUGACUUUAAGAUUGAUGCCGGCGAUCGGUUUCUGGAGGCCUUGGGCUACAGCUGGCACGAUACGUGCUUCGUCUGUGCUCUCUGCCAAAUCAACCUGGAGGGGAAGACGUUCUACUCAAAGAAGGAUAAGCCCCUGUGCAAAGGCCAUGCCUUCGCUCCAGUGUGAGAGCGAGCGCCGUCUUCAGAGGAAGGAACGCUUCUCUCCCUGCUCUCUUCACCCCGCGCACACUCUACAUCUCUUCUUCGCCAGCCACACCGAGUCACCCUUUUUUCUAUCUUACAGACUUUGUUUCUAUAUAUGAGGCUUACCGUUAGCUUUACAUACUGUUCCUUUGCUAAUAAAACAGUCCACAUGUUACUGCCUGUAAUAACGAAUGCUGUUGUGUUGUAAAACUGGAAGUAGUCAAGGAAUUGUUUCAUGUCAUCACCAACUUUUUAAGUCCUAUUUAGAAUCAGACCUUUGAAAAGUGCCCUUGCAGUUCAUCUACAUUUAAUUGUAGUCGUUAGUGAAGAUUUUUCACAACUCUACUAAUGUCCUCCUUGUUCAGUCUGAAGUACGAUCAGGUCAGUAUCUCCCCAGUUGAAAGGAGUCAUUUAGCCUUUAAUAAUGUCACAUAUUGCAGUAAUGAUCUGCCACUACUCCUCUGCUGUGUGGAGAAGUGGUGGCCUCGUUCAGGACCCCGUCCCACUCAUGACUGCUGCUGCAGAGCCUAUUAACGUAAUGGCGACCAGUCAAGCAGAAAAGGGGGUGUCCCAUUUCUGCUCGGCUGGACCCCUGCUCCUCUCCACAGAAGCAGCGACGGCAGAAUGUUCUCUGAUGAGCCGCAGCUAAAGGUAGGAGGGGAGUAGUUAACAACGUCCUGUAUUAAUCCUCAAUUGAUCCACUUUUAAAUGUCACAGCGACAUAAAGAACGUGCUACUCGUUUUAAAUGUUCCACUGCUAGGAGACGAAUCAAAGCCUUUGAAAUGAUCAUUUAUUUUGACAUUUAAAUGUAAGAAAACAAAAACACAAGUGAUAUUUGUCCCUCGUGUUACCUGAUAUUGUGAUUAUUCCUCAGUGCUUUCCUGUCAUGGCUGGAUAUGUAUUUAUAUUGCUGCAGAAUGGGCCUGUAAGUGUUGUUUUUAUAGCUGUUGGGAGUUUCAAAUAAAAAUAAUGCAGUAAUGCCAAGCACUGAA